AGAACAUAAUAUAAGAAUUAUUUUAAACUUGUUCUAAUAAAUAAUAAUUGUAUUCGAAGCAAAGUAUUCUAUGAUAAUUUUAUCAAAUAUGUUCUAGAUAUCUUUAAUAAAAAAUAAUCUAUCAUGAAUAAAAUAAUUAUUUUAAUUAUUCUAACAACAAUAUCAAAUAUGUUUUCUACAUUUAAAAUUAGUACGAAGUCACUGUCUCAUAAUGCUUAUGGAGAUGCGAUUAAAGCAUAUGAAAUAUGGUAUAAAAAAUAUGGUGACAAAUACAAAGAUUUAAUGAAUCAACACAUAGGAACAACAGAACACAUAGCAUGUUAUGUUAGAAAUGAACACAUUCUUCGAGUCAAUUUCUAUAGAUCGUUGCAUGGAGUACCAGAUUUAAAAAUGCACAAAGAGUUAAAUUACUUGGCACAAAUUUUAGCAAACCAUAUUGUUUUAAGUCAUUAUUAUGAACAUGGCCCAACAAUAAAUAUAUUUGGUGAAAAUUUGUGUUUAAAAACAAAUUGGCUUGGAGCAGGUAACAAAGCAGCUGACCAAUAUUAUGACGAAUUUUUUAGAUUAAAUAAAAAUUUGAAGGCUUUUGAUUUUGACGGAACUGAUUCUGAAAUGUCGGAUGAUGCGAACUCUUGUAAGCGUGGACAUGCUCUAACCAUGAUUUGGAAAGAUUCUAAAGAGAUCGGAGUAGGCGUGGCAUAUGGAGAUUGGUUUUUUGAUGAUACUGAUAAUGGUGUUUGGGGGAAAAAUUAUGUAAUUGUUACUCUAACUAAUCCUGGAUCAAUUAUAAAAAAUGAGUAUAAAAAAAACAUUCUACCUAGAAUAAAGUCAUUCGAAAGACUUAAAUAUGAAACUUUAGCUUCAGAUGAAGAACCUGAUAAUGUUUUAGAUUAAAAUAAUAAAUAUUAAACUU